CGCCUGUCUCGGCAGCAGUGUAGUAGUAAUCCGCCUGCCGCGCACUCUGCUUGCAUUUUGUGUCACGGUGCCACCGGGAGAGGGGCGACAGACUGCUGCGCGUCAGGGGAUACCAGCCACCAUCCGCACGGUUCAAGCGACAUCUCGCCGCGGGCAAUGACCUUAGCAGACUGAAGUGAGAAUAUACGAGAAAACGCAACAAUGACGGUGGACUUUGAAGAAUGUAUAAAGGAUUCACCCCGAUUCAGGGCUGGCAUUGAUGAUGUGGAGACAGACGUCGUGGAGAUUGAAGCGAAGCUAGACAAGCUGGUGAAGCUGUGCAGUGGGAUGAUCGAGGCCGGCAGAGCCUACGUCAGCGCCAACAAGCUCUUUGUAAACGGCAUCAAGGACCUGUCCCAGCAGUGCAAGAAAGAGGAGACGAUAUCGGAAUGCCUUGAGAAGUGUGGAGAAAGCCUGCAGGAGAUCGUCAACUACCACAUGAUUCUGUUUGACCAGGCUCAGAGGUCCAUCAAGCAGCAGCUCCACACCUUCAUUAAAGAGGAUGUGCGUAAAUUCAAGGACACUAAGAAGCAGUUUGAUCGGGUGCGUGAGGACAUGGAGCUGGCUCAGGUGAAGAAUGCUCAGGCUCCCAGGAACAAGGUGCACGAGGCCGAGGAGGCCACACAGGCUCUCAUCCUCAGCCGCAAGGCCUUCAGGCACCUGGCGCUGGACUACGUGCUACAGAUUAAUGUGCUUCAAGCCAAGAAGAAGUUUGAGAUCUUAGAUGCAAUGCUGUCCUUCAUGCGAGCUCAAUACACUCUGUUUCAACAAGGCUACAACAUCUUGGACGAGAUCGACCCCUACAUGAAAAAACUGGCUGCACAGCUGGAUCAGCUGGUGAUCGACUCGGCCGUGGAGAAGAGGGAGCUGGAGCACAAACACGCCAUCAUCCAGCAGAGAACUCUAAUGCAGGACUUUUCUUAUGAUGACCCCAAGCUGGAAUUCAAUGUGGAUGCACCCAACGGUGUGGUCAUGGAGGGCUACCUCUUCAAGAGGGCCAGCAACGCAUUCAAGACCUGGAACAGGCGGUGGUUUUCUAUACAAAACAGCCAGCUGGUCUACCAAAAGAAACUCAAGGACUCUCUGACUGUGGUGGUGGAGGACCUGAGGCUGUGCUCAGUCAAACUCUGUGAAGAUAAUGAGAGGAGGUUCUGCUUUGAGGUGGUUUCACCUACCAAGAGCUGUAUGCUGCAGGCGGAGUCGGAGAAGCUGCGUCAGGCUUGGAUCCAGGCUGUGCAGGCCAGCAUCGCCUCUGCUUACAAGGACAUAGCCGACAAUUACUACAUUGAGCGCUUAGACCGCACAGCCUCGCCCUCCACCAGCAGCAUUGACUCGGCCAGUGAGCCCAGGGAGAGGGUCGACAGGGGGGUACGUGGAGGAGGAGGAGGGGAAAGCCUCCUUCAGAGGGUGCAGAGCCUGCCUGGAAAUGAACUCUGCUGUGACUGCGGCCAAACGGCUCCCUGCUGGGCCUCGAUUAACCUGGGAGUGCUGCUCUGCAUCGAGUGCUCCGGCAUCCACAGGAGUUUAGGCGUCCAUUGCUCCAAAGUGCGCUCACUGACGUUAGACUCAUGGGAGCCAGAAUUGCUUAAGCUGAUGUGUGAAUUGGGGAACACUGUGAUCAAUCAAAUAUAUGAGGGAGCCUGCGAGGAACUGGGAGUGAAAAAACCUGGACCGUCCAGUUCAAGACAGGAGAAAGAGGCCUGGAUCAAGUCUAAGUAUGUGGAGAAACGCUUCCUGAAGAAGAUGAGUGGGAGUGAGGCUUUGGUAGAGGGUGAAAGGAAGUCCCGGCCGUGGACGGUGAAGAAGUGCCAGCGACACAACAGCUCCAUACGAGCCCCCAACAAAGCCCGCAGGAAAUACCAUCGCUAUGAGCCGGGCAGCGCUCCACCUGCUAACCUCUCAGCAGCAGCUGCAGCAAAGUUUCGUCGGGAUUCCUUAUUCUGUCCAGAUGAGUUGGAUUCGCUAUUUUCCUACUUUGACACUGGAUCUGGUCCUCGCAGCCCCGCAGGUCUUAGCAGCGACAGCGGCCUGGGAGGAAGCACUGAUGGCAGCACGGACAUCCUGGUGUUUGGCUCAGUGGUGGACAGUGUGACAGAGGAAGAAGAGGAGUCAGAGGAGUCCUCCAGUGGCGAGGUGGAGAUCGAACAAGAAGUGCACUCAGACCCAGAAGACCCGAGGGAGCUUCAUCCUGGGGCACUCCUGCACCGAUCCUCCCGCCUACACAACCUGCCGCUCAUGGCAGAGGCCUUAGCACACGGAGCUGACGUACAUGCACCUACUGAGGAGGAGGAGGGGAAAACACCACUCAUUCAGGCUGUUAUCGGGGGCUCUCUGAUUGCCUGUGAGUUCCUGCUACAAAACGGAGCUGAUGUGAACCAGAGAGACAUGAGGGGCAGAGGCCCUCUGCACCACGCCACCUACCUGGGGCAUACUGGUCAGGUGUGUCUCUUCCUGAAGAGAGGGGCAUCACAGACGGAGGUGGAUGAGCAAGGUCAUGACCCCCUAAGCAUCGCCGUCCAGGCCGCCAAUGCAGACAUCGUCACCCUAUUGCGUCUAGCGCGGAUGAACGAAGAAAUGCGAGAGGCGGAGGCUCCCUUGGGUCAACCAGGUCAAUACCCCAGCAGCAGCCCCACUGAGCAGCAGUACAGAAAGUGCAUCCAGGAAUUCAUCUGCCUCAACAUAGACGAGUGCUAGCGGUCACUUCUGUACCCCAGAGCGUGUACUCCCUCUCACUAUAUAAAAAUAUUUAAAUAUUCCUCCUGACUGGGGAUCUAAAUAACUAUGUAGACGAAGUUGACCUUAGACUCUGAUCUCAAGUUUAUUACUUCUGCAGAUCAUGGCUUACGGGCAAAUUCAUGUCUGCAGAGAGAGGAGCUUCCCACUUGCUCUUAAGGGGGUGCGUCGUGUCAUAGGGAGACCCCUGAUGGACCUUUUUAACUCUACUGACAAUGCAGUCAUUUUUCUGCAUCACCACUAUGUUUCUGCUUGCCAUUACACAGCACCACCCAUGCUAUGCUACAUGACACACACAGUCAAACAACAUCUGCUUUCUGGUGUUAAGCUAACAGGGUCAUACUCUAACAUCAUGAUGUGGUGUGAGGGGAGUGGGUUUACUGUUCUUACCUCUGAAGAAUCUGGUUCGCAUUAACCCCCCUUUACACCUCGUAACUAUCCACACCAUCCAACCCACCCACCUCUGCGUAAUCAGAGACAUGAAUAUACAUUAUGUAGAAGUUAUAUGGGUCAUCUUUAAAGUAUAUGCUGUGGCAUGAGGUGAAAAAUUGGAACUUGCUCCGUUAGUAAAAGAAAAAUGUAACUGACAAGCUGCGGUAGAGGUAGUCAAGGUUGUUUAAUGUGUACAAAGAGGAAAGGGAAAAUUAAAUGUAAAACUGUGACAAGAAUACUGAAGGGCUUUUGGAGAAAAACCCUCGCUUGCUUUGUAAGAUACCUAGUGAUGAGUGAGUGAGUGAGUGAGUGAGUGUAUGUGUCUGAGAAUACUGAGAGAGUUAAAGCGUAUGAUAUUAUGAUACAUUAUGUAAAGGAAAAAAAGAAACUGUGCACUUUUCCCAUUUACAGUAUUAUUAUUUUUUUUUAUCUUUGUCCAGUUAGUCUUUGCAUUGUCAGUGUCUAGUCAUGUCUAUUUACUUAUUGUCUAUUUUAUUUAUGUUAAUCUUCCCAGAGGACCAGUGCAAUGCAUUCUUGAGUGCAGUUUACAUCUGCGUAACUGUAAAUGAUUGUCUUUUUAAUCUGAAAGCAUUACUUGGGAUUUAUGACAGGAAGUCCUACGAUGACAUCAUGUAAUAGGACUCAUAGAAGACGUUUUGCUUUCAUUUUCCCUUUGGAACGGCCUUACAAUGCUUUUAGUAUGAUAACUGGCGUCAGAGCAUGCCAAUGAACGACAUUUUACUAGCUUACAUGAGGAAAUUCAAGUCAAAAAACUCAUUUUUAAAAUGAAUUGUAAUCACUAUUUACUUGUAAGGAUGGCAUCUUGCCGAGUCGUGACAAACUAGAGCAGGAGUUGUAGUGAGGGAGUGUAUAAACCCGGAUUAAGAUCUCACCAUUAAACAGUUCUUCUACUCACAGCCUUUUUUAGAGCAAAGGUGACUCAUGAUGCCUCCAUUUAGUUGUAAAUACUCAUCACUGUGAAACUUUUUUUGCGGUGAGAUAAAAGAGGCACAGUUAAGAACAGUUUGAACACUUUGGGUUGCUUCCCUCGCUGGUCAAUUACUUGCAGUGUUUCCUGCAUGCUUUGCCAGAAUCGUUUCCGGGUGCUUCAAUAUCGUUUGCAUUCUGAGCAUGAUUAAAAUAUCUUUCUAUGGUUUUGAUCACGUCGUGCAGUGCAGUCCUGUGAGGUAAGCAUGAACCACCAUGACCACUCUUGUGUCAGAUGUAACUCUUACUUUUUGCACCUCUGUGCCAUUUUAUCAUCCACUUACCAAACAUGUGGACAUUCUGUUUUUUUUUUUCUUUCCACAGAAACAUUUUAAUUAUUAUUUUUUUAAUGUUGUGGUUUAUUUUUCUCUGCCAAAGACUUCUUAAAGGGAAAGUGUCUGAAAUUGUUGUAUAAUAUCACCGUCUUCUUUUCUACUGAAACUGUUCAGAGUAGAUACAGCUUAGUCUUACCAUACUUUGUGAAGUGACAGAGUGGUAGAAACACUGUUGGUGUACUCACAUGUUAAAAAGAGGUUACAGAAAUGUGACGGACCUGAGAGAUUUUGGUAUGGCGGGUGAUAACCUGCCAAUAGUUCAAUGUGUACUGCAAGUAGAACCAGUCUAGGGGUUAACGUGAAGCUACUGUGACCAAACUGUUCAGGGCCCUCGCCCAGGCAAAGUAUUAAAUGUCGUGUCCAUUGUGUGUAUUGACAAAGAAGUGGUUAAAGAUGCUGUUCAAGCAAACAUGCUGUAAAUAGUACACUUGUGUAUUUUAACUCAACGCCAACUGCCUGCCUCUCAGAUUUCAAUCAUGGAUCCUGACUGUCUGAUCUGUUUUAUGUUUGUCUUUUAUUCUCUUUACAACAACAAAAACAAACCUGUCAGGCAGAACUUAAAACACUGCUCUGCAUUACUCGGAGGGGUUCUUCUGUUCACUGACAUUUGGAUAUCACAAAUAAUUUCUUCCUUGUCUUUAGAAGCACUCAAGGAAAAAAAAGAGAGAAGACAAAAUGCAUACAAUAAAACGGAGAAACUCUUGAUAAACUAACCCUG